UUUUGUUUUGCAGUUGAGUCUCAAGGCACCGGUAGGUGGCGGUGUGCGCGUACACUGCCCGAGCCGCAUUGAGUAGAAGAAGAAGAGUUCUUCAGCCGGCAGCAGCCGCGCGCAGUGUGUAGACCAUGCCAGGAAGAGCAGGGGGACUCGGCGGGUUUGCUCAGAUAACGGACUGUUUGUACAUCGGCAACGGCAAAACAGCAAACGACUCUUCGGUCAUAAGCUCUCUCAAAAUCACAUGUAUUAUUAAUGCAACUCAGGACAUAAACUCAAACAUUCCCACUAUUGAUUAUAUGCACGUGUCUGUCUCUGAUGAUCCUGAAUCCAGACUCACUGACCAUUUUGACACUGUUGCUGAUAAGAUACAUCAGGUUACUGAAGAACAUGGACGCGUCCUGGUUCACUGUAACGCAGGCGUCAGUCGCUCCGCCACGCUGUGUCUGGCAUACCUGAUGAAACACCGCCGUAUGACGCUAGCGGAGGCGCACGCGUUGCUCAAAGCUCAGAGACCCAUAGUCAGACCAAACAGCGGCUUCUGGAGUCAGCUGAUAGAGUACGAGCGGAAAUUACAUGGGAAAAAUACAGUCAGUAUGAUAAACUCUCCUGUUGGACACAUUCCAGAUUUAUAUGAGAGAGAAACAAGGGGCUUGAUUCCACUUUAGGAAAUGAAAUAUUUGUGGUUCUUGUUAUUUCAUUCAUAUUUGAAUGAUUUUGAACAUUUUUGUAGAGCGCUUCAACAUUAUAUUUGACUUUAUAAGUUUUUUGUUCUUUAUAAUGUAGUGUUUGUGAUGUAAUGCAAUAAACAACCAGAAGAUGGCAGAAGAAUUCUUAGUUUGGCACAUGUAGAUUGAAGUACAGUGACCCCACAAAAUAUGUGUAAUUAAAAAUACACACUUACAAAUGAAUGUCAUUGCUUUAGAAAACAUUAAACCUAGUAGCAUUCAUUUUAAAGUCACCAUGAAAUAAAAAUUGACCCUUUUUUAUUUUUAAUGUAUGUUGCAGUAUUCAUAAUAAAUGAUUUAUCCGUGCA